AUGGAGGCGGCCUCAGGCAAAGAAGACAUGCCAUCUUUUCAAAGGGAACACGAGGGAGCCGAUGAGAAGCCAGCAGAAGGUGCACAGGCAGAUGACAGUGGUGUCCAAGAAAGCAAAACUAGUUUUCCAAAGGAAUCACCAGCUCCAGAGGAACAGGAGGAAGAAGUGGAAUCAGACACUGAGAGCAUUGAAGGUGAUUUGGAAGAAUGUGAUAAUAGUGAAGUACCCACAGAGGCACAAAAAAGGCCUGAGAAGGUAGAAAAGAAAAUCCCAGAAGCUUUCUUCUAUAAGUAUGAAGAUAUAUAUUCACGGCCAUUUGUCACUGAUGACUCUGGGAUACCCAUUAACCUUCUUACUCUUAAACAUUCUUUUGGAUACGACUGCACCAGAAAUGUAAACCUGCUGAUGAUGGAUAGCCAAACACUGCUGUAUAUAGCAGGCAACCAGGUGGUGCUCCAGGACCUGAAAACUAAGUCUCAGAGUUAUCUCCGGAGCAGCAGCGGUGGUGGAAUUGGGUUUAUCACAGCACACCCUACUAAGCAGUACUUUGCAGUAGGAGAAAAAGGAAAGAAGCCAAACCUCAUCAUCUACGAGUAUCCUUCACUGAGGCCCUACAGAAUACUGCGAGGUGGAACAGAGGAAGCCUAUGUUUUUGGUGAUUUCAAUCAUGCUGGCACUUUGCUGGCCAGUGUUGGAAGCAGCCCUGACUACACGCUGACUAUCUGGGACUGGAAACAAGAAAAGAUUGUGUCGAGGUCAAAAGCUUUUUCACAGGAUGUUUACAAGGUCACAUUUUCAGCUGGUAAUGAGGAGCAACUAACUACAUCUGGGGCAGGACACAUCAGGUUCUGGAAGAUGGCUCUCACAUUCACUGGUCUCAAGUUACAAGGAGCUUUGGGCAGGUUUGGAAAAACAGCAGUGACCGACAUUAUAGGUUACGUGGCGCUGCCUGAUGGGAAGGUUAUCUCAGGGACUGAGUGGGGCAACUUGCUGCUUUGGGAAGGGGGGCUCAUUAAAGUGGAGCUCUGUCGAGCUGGACACAAGCCCUGUCACAGUGGCCCUGUCAGCCAGUUAGUUCUGGAUGAGGGAGAACUUGUCACUGUUGGAAAAGACGGCUUCAUUCGGGUGUGGAACUUUGAGAUAAUAGAUGCUGCUGAUUCGGUGGAUGAUACAGGGUUACUGGAGGUGGAGCCUAUGAAUGAACUUCAUGUUGGCAGGAACGUCAGCCUGAGUUUCAUGUCAAAAGUUCAUGACAGUGGACAACCUGUUUGGUAUGCUCAGGACACCAAUGGAGCGAUCUGGAAGCUGGAUUUAACUUUUUCAAGUGUGACCCGUGAUCCAGAGUGCCUGUAUACCUUCCACUCUGGAAGAAUUGAGGCUAUGAGUGUCUCUCCCGUUUCACACCUUAUGGCCACCACUGCUCUCGACCGGUCAGUGCGUAUCUAUGAUUUCAUCAGCAACAGUCAACUGAGUGAAAUUAAGUUUAAACAAGGAGGAACAGCGCUGACGUGGGCACCUUGUGUUGUAAAUCCUGAAGGAGGUCUAAUUGCUGUGGGGUUUGAAGAUGGUGUUGUCCGCAUAAUUGAAGUUUACGAUCCCAAAGGACUGCCUGUUCUUGCAGGACAGACCAAUACAGAGAAUGCAGAGAUAAGUCUGAAACAGGCUUUCAAACCUCACGCCGCUGCAGUUACAGCCUUGGCAUACGAACGAAAUGGAGAUGUGCUUGCCACAGGGAGUAAAGACAAAACUGUUUUCUUUUUUGCUGUUGGAGAUAAAUAUGAGCCAAUUGGAUUCAUCUGUGUUCCUGGGCCUGUGCAGGCAUUACAGUGGUCUCCACCUUCUCAUGUGAAAAGGACGCUGCUUAUCCUUUGUGAGAAUGGCUUUGUUCUCCAGGUUCCUGCCCCUUCCCCUGAGGAACAGGAUACAGUGUCCACCUACCAAAUAAAAAACUUGCCAACGCAGUACUUCCGUUUUUGUAGUAUUAAAUCCCGAAUCAAGCUGGAAGAGGAGAUCACACUGAGAGAGAAAAAAAAGCAGGAGAAGGAGAAAGCAAAACUUGAAUGGAUAAAGCAGCAACAAGAGAUGGGAAAGGAGGUAAAAGAAGAAGAACCUGAAGAGGAACCUGAAGAAGAAGAGCCAUUGCCACCUCUCUACAUACCGGAGGAGCCCAGUCCCAUCCUCUGUGGGUUUUAUUCAGCACCAGGAAAAUUUCUGCUUUCCUUGGGUGGGUAUGACUCAGGGUUCCUCUAUCAUUGUGAGUUCUCACAUGAUCUCCAAGAAGACCCUGAAAACAGGAAAGAUGAACCGUUUGAGGUGAUUCCUAUUGAGGACACUGACGACAAUCCCAUCCACCAAAUCUCCUUCUGUCCCAGCAGAUUACUGAUGUUCUGUGGGAUGCAGAAUGGCGCAUUGCGGGUUUAUCCUCUUCAGGAUAAAGACCUCUCAGUGAAUACCCUGAAGGAAUACUGGUGCCUCAAUGUACAUGACAAUGAUUAUGGCCAGAUCCGGGGGAUCUGUUCUAGUCAUGACGAUAGGUUUCUGAUUACCUGUGGUGGAGAUGGAAACAUUUUUGCCUUCAACAUCUUGUCUCCAGAGGAUGUUCACAAAGAGCUAAAAGCCAAAAUCCCUUCUCCUAGGAGUGAUCUUGAGAAGAAGGCUACUGAAGACAUUGAGGAUCCUAACGCCUACAACAUUGAGGAAGUCAAGCAGAAAAAGGACUAUGAACGAAUAAUGAAGGAAGCUGAAGAGAAAAAACACAAGAAAAGAGAAGAGUUAAUUGCACUGAGGCAUGAGUUUCUUUUCCUUCUUCAAAAGAAUCAGGAGUUGCCCGAGCACAUGCAGCUGCACAGAGAGCAGUUUGAGAUGGACCCUAGGUUCUCUGAGGAGCUAAAUAGGCAGACAGCACAGAGAAUCCAGUUAGUGCAAAAGGAGCUGGCUUGGGAGCAUGAGAAACACUUGAUUGGACUGCAGAAACUACGAAAUCAGUUUCGGGAUUCAUUGGCAUUUGACACUGUUGUUCACGCUAUUCAAAGCAAUCAUCAGAUUUCCACCUACAGACUUCCAGCAAUGUCUGAGGAAUGCUACCAAGAUAAGGAACGUCUAUCAUGGAAGAGGACAGUACUUGAACAAGCACGGAAACAAGCAGAAAAUAGGGAGAUUGUCACACCCGAGACAAGGCAUAUGCACAGGGCUAAUGAUACUGGAAUUUUUGAGGGCGAAGCUGAAAAGCUGAAAACGUCAGAGGUCCGAAAGCCAACCACACAUUAUAUAGAAAGGAAACAUGAGCAAAUCAGAAAAAUUGUUGAGAAAUCUGACACGAUGAAAGCUAAGAUCAUGAAGAGGAAGGCAGAGUGGGAUGAAUUAUACAAGAGCAAACCUAGUGGUGACUAUGAGAAUCCCAAAGAUGUUGAGGAUAUCAAAGAAGCACAGGAAAAUAUGGGGUGUUAUAUGCUGAAGACUGCCACUAACUACAGAGUCCCUGAACACAGGCUUAUGAACACUGAGAAGAAGUUGAUGCAGCUCAAAUCCCUGGAAGUGUUGAUCCAUAAGAGGAAAGUGAAUAUGAACAAAGAGAUCAUGUCUUUGCGGGAUCUCAAGGUUUCUAUUAUUGAUGAAAUCAAGUGUUUAGUGCAAGAAUUGAAAUCCAUACAGGCAGCCUUGGAUUCAUCAGAAUGUCUCCCUCUUCCCCUGAUACCUCAGUUACACCCAGAUGAGGUUCCUGAAAAAAAACUUGAGUACGACAGUGACAUUCUCCUGAAGUUUAAAGAAGAGCAGGAGGCCAAGGCAAAGCUCCAGGAAGAACUGGAAAGGUCUCCCUCAGCUCAUGCAUUUAGGUAUGAGUGUCUUCGAGCUCCUUCCAUUAAAAAGAUUGACCCUAUGGCACUGGCUGCAGCUGCACAACCGAUGAAAACAGUAUCGUCUGUGGUCACAGAGCUGCAAAACGUUUUUGAGAUUGAGAAGGCAGAGCCAACAGAAAUGGAACUUGAAAUUUUAAAGAGAGAGAAGAUAAAAAAUCUAUACUUGCAGGAGACCUUGAUUAAAAAGAUCAACGCACUGGUGAUCAACUUUGAUGCUGAACUCUGCUUUCUACGGCACAAGAAACUGAAGCUGGAUGUCCAGAUGAAAAGCGCUGACCUGCGCUACAUGACGUGGUAUGAAGAGCUGCUUAUCCUGAAGAACCUUGAGAAACAGGAGAACCUUCUCCAGGGGCGUGUUAGUGCCCUCAUCAGCGAGCAGGAGGCCAUGCAAUCAAAAUUGAACAGCUACCUUGCACAGAUGGAGGAUAGAAAGGAUGAGAUUGUAAAGCUUCAGGAAUGUGAGAAAGCCCUUUAUGCCAACUUCCAAGCAUCCCUUGGAGAAAACAAUGAGUUCUCCCAUUUUCUGACCAAGGUUCUGAAGAAGAAAAUCAACUGGGUGGAAAAAAAAGAAGUAGAAAGAGAAGCAGAUGAAGAAGAUGAGGAUGAAGAGGAGAACGCUGAAGAGUCCAGCCUGGGGACUGACGAAGAAAAUUCUGGAUCUGAAGAUGAAGUUUUCGAUGAUUCUGUUUGCCCAAAGAAUUGCAAUGAGGCACUCUUCCGACACACCAUCCAGCUCCGGCAGAAGCGGUUAGACAUUGAGAAAGCUUUAAGAGAGAAGAAGAACGUUGCUGCUAACCUCAGAAAGAAAUAUAAUGCCUUAGCCAAAAAGGCAAAAGUAGUGGAAACCAGUCUGGACACUGCAGACGGAGAACUGGAGACCUUUCAGUGGGAAAAGCAGCAGAGACUGAAUGAGCUAUAUGUAGUCGUGCCUUUGAAACUCCAUCAGGUGGAGUACUUGGUUAAUGGGGAGAUGCCCAGUGACUUCUCCCAGGCUUUGGUAUUUACCAGGCAGUCCUUACAGUAUCUGCAGAAGAGAAUUGUGGACCUACGUAAUGAAAAGAUAAUGCAAAGAGGGAUCUAUAAGAAGGCCCAGGAGCAACAUAAGCAGCUUGUCCGGGAAAAAAAGGAGAUGGAGAUAGAGAUUCGACGACUGGAAGAGAAGUGCAAUCAUCUGAUGAUGAAGAAGUUUGGCCGGCUGGUGGAUUUUGAAGCAGUUCAAGCACACUCUGUUAACAUACGCAUGGAAGAGUUGAAAGUGCAAAUAAUGGAGAAAGAAUAUGUGCACUCCCAGGAGCUCAAAGAGUGGGAGGAAAGAAUCUUAGACCUGCAGCAGCAGCUAAUGAAGCUGACAAAGGAAAACACCAGCAAGCUGCAGCAGCUGAACCAGUUUUGCCUUGAAAAGCAGCAACUUGAAACCAAGCUGGAUUCACUAAAGAAUGAUCUGGGAGUAGAAUUUCGGGGCACCCGAACUACUGACAUCAAAGAGAAGGUCAGGCUGGAGUCACGGCUCAAGCACAUGGUUCGUGACACAGCCCUUCUAAAAGAAGAAAUCAAUCUUCUAAGCAGAAAAGAUGGGUGCUUAAGAGACCUUGCUCUCCUUAGCAGAAAAGAUGGGUGCCGCCUUCUGCAGCCUUCAUCACUCCAGGGCUCUCAGACACCAACUGAAUCGUUCCCUCUUCUUACAGCAGAAACGGUAACAAACAGUACAAGUCUCCCUUAAAAACGGGCACGGUUAGCUGGGGCAGUAGUCAUAGCUGGAAGUGCGAAAUUAAUUGCUUUGGCUGUACGUGGGCUUAGUGGUAAAAGGUUCUGUUUGUUUCCCCUAUCAAAAUAUGACUGUAGCGACAGAUAGGGAAUAAAAGAGUGCUCAUACAACUUAUAAAUGCUGUUAGCAGUCCAUUGCAGAGAUUGGCACUGGGCAGGUGCCCUCCGUGUGUGUGUGUAUGUGUCUGCUCUUCAAACAAGUGGUUGUUGAAGGCUGGAUAUGAGUUUCAUGUGGGCAAAUACAUCUUUGGUACCCGUGUUCUCAAAAAUGGUAAAAAAGGUCUGCCUUGAGGGUGCCUUUUGUUAUUUGCCAACUAUCCUAGCAGGAAUAUGGCACUUCUCUGCUAACCGAGCUAGUUAAGAGUCGAGGGGAGUGCUAGCUGUUUAAAGAAAGCAAAGGGACCUUUCUCCUCAGGGCCUGCAGCGCUAAGGUGGGUAUGGAGUCAAUCAGAUACUUUCCUGCUUGCCUCUGCUCGAUAGCAGUAGAAAACUGACCCACAGUGCAUGCAGGACGUGGUAUUUACCUGGCAGGAGGAGGUUUUGUUGUUGGUUGGUUUUUUGUUUGUUUUUUUUGUAAUUACACUGGCUUGCACCUGCCUGAUCAGAGUGAGAGCGAGCCGAGCUCUGUUCUGUUUUCAGGUUUUAUUCUUUUUUGCCUCUGACAUUCAGUGUGGUGGCAGUGCAUGAUCAUUUACAGCACUUUCCCUGUCUUACCAAGAAAACUUCUUUCACCCCCAAAGCGGAGGGGUUGUGCUGCACUGUUCCUCCAGCGCAGAGUUUCUGAGGGUGCACAGGCGGCCUUGGGGUUGGUUACUAGUUUUUAAUUAAACAGAUUGAACAACCUGCAGCUGCUUUUGCUCUUCCUCCCUGCUCCCUGCCUUUUGCCAAUGGUUUCUGCUCCUCUGGCUGGUGUAUGCUCAGAGAGAGCCAACCCUACCCCAGCCAGGCCCAGGCACUGCCCCUGCUGGCCCCAGGACAGCCAAACGAACGGUACUCCUGCAGCCUGCCUUCUCCGUGGGUCCCUAUGAAAGGGCCGAGCAUCCCGUUUCCUUAAGGGAGAAAGCCCACCCUUACCCACAGGCCUGGAAGCUGAAAGCUUUUGAAGCUGGAAAACCACAGGGUGGGAGAUGGAGGAUAAGGAAACAAAAUUUGCCUCCCUCCCCAUCACCAAACCCGUACAGCUGUCCUUGCAGGUGAAGGAAAAUUUCCUCUAGCUGUGCUCCUCACUAGAAGUUUUAUGUCACUUAACUGGCACAGGCAGCAGCCAUCCCUCUUGGCUUGAGCUCAGCAUUAAUAUUUACAUCGGUGGCUAUUUGCAAAAC